AUGGCAGUGUUUUACUUGUCCUGGUCCAUGGCACUGUCUACUUGGGCUGCGUAUGAUGUACAGGACGAUCUCCAAUUGAUGAUCUUCAACCUGAUGGAGUCGAUUAUAAUAAUGUCUAUUAUAUUCGAGACUUCUCUCGUUUGGUUAAGCGAUGAUUUGAAAUCAGUCGUCGACGAAGCCAGGAGAGAGAUGCAGAAUGGCGUGUAUCUGAAGAACGUAGACGAGAAGCGGCUGUAUUACAAAUACAACAACAUCUCUUGGAAAUUUGGGAAAUAUGCGACGGUGUUUCAAUUUGCUCUCAUCAUUCUGAUGUUCUUUCGUCCGUUGAUACAUCUGUCGGUGCAGUCUUAUGCAGGAGAAAGUAAUGCAACGAUUUUCUAUACACUACCAUUUCGGGCUCAUAUCUUCUUCGAUUACCAAAACAACAUCAUGAUCUAUUUUAUUCUAUACGUAUACCAGGUGCCUUUGAUGUACGUGGCCAUGUUUCAUAUAGCAGAGGUCAGCUUUAUCGUCACCAUGGUCUUACAUCUUUGCGGGAAGUUCUCUAUUUUAUGUUUUCGUAUCCGAAACGUGACCACGAAGUCGUCGAGUCUUUUCCAGAAGAACAUUAAAAGCGUGGUGAACCAGCAUUUGGAGUUGAGAAAGAUGUCAGAAAUUCUAAAUAACAACUUCUACCUGCUCCUUCUGAUAGAAUACACGCUUAAUACAGAUCCGGUAGCCGCUGCCAAUUUUGUAAUGUACACGCUGGACGUGACUGCUUAUUUGUAUUUGUAUUCCUACAUCGGUGAACAACUUCGUUGCGAGUCAGAGAAUAUAGGUGAUGCGCUGUACAAUAUCGAAUGGCAAGAAGUGACAGAUAAAGAUAGAAGAGUUCUGUUGAUAUGUAUGACGAACGGACAAAAAACAGAGUGCUUAACAGCUGGAAAAUUUUAUGAAUUCUCAUUGUUCGGGUUUACUAAGAGGGAUCAUCCUGUCGAUAUCAAAGACUCUCUCAUGUACUGCCAGCGAAUAUUCGCCACCGGCGAUAUAUUACCGAAACACGGCAACGAUCAGAGAAAACUGUUCAAGAUCGUAGUGUUCUAUUUCUUCCAGUUGGCAAUGUUGCAACUGUGGGACUUGUACGAUGUUCUGCACGAUUUCAACGCGUUGAUAGAGGUCGCGACAGAAUUGCCUCUCACGCUUUCGAUACUGUUCGGGCUUGUUCUUAUCGGAACGAACAAGAAGCUGAUAGUGGUGGUCGAGAGAAUCCAAAGCGACGUUAAGGGCGCGCUAUUGUUCGAGAACGACGAGGAGAAACGAGCUUAUCAAAAGUAA